AUGCGCUUGCUGAUGGUGCGCAGUCAGCUUCGUUCAGUCUUAUGCCCGAGGGAGUAGAGCCGCUCAAUGGGAGUUCAGUGUCUUGAAGGACUGCGGGAAACACAGGAACGCUAACCCGUCGACCCCCUUAUCACUCAAGGGGCGAUCAUGUGCUAGCUGCCACCAAGGCCGCACCAAGCAUCGAUGGCUGAAGCAAGAGGUGCAAGAGAACGCGACACACACAGCUUACCUUGGAGACGUCCUUUGACCGAGCGGCUCCCCGUGUUCACCCGGCCUAGGUACAUACACGACAUUUCAUCUACGCAAGCUCAAUUUUCCAGGGCCUCCUUGGCGUUUCCUGUUCCGAAAUACGAGCGGAAAGCGGAGCGAUCCCGCCCAGCUUCAAUAGAAGGCGGGAUUAUGGAAGGAAGAGCAUGGUAUUCUACAACUGCCGUGGCAACCUUAGCAUCCCUUCAGCCGCACGCCUUCUUUUCACCCCGUCGGACUCUCACUUCUUUCCUCACUACCGAGUACGGGCUUGAUUCGGCAGCUCUUUUUGGCUUUGUCUGCUUGUAGCCCGGGAAGUGUGACAAAGCCAUCAUGGUGCUUAUACAGCUGUGGCCGAAGACUUCGUCUACACCUAGGAGCACAAAGACAUCUCGUCGGCUGAAUG